CCGAUCCGGGCACCGAAGGACCCGGGGAGCCUCCGGCACGUCGCGGCCUCUCGCGGACUCCCCGCUUCGCGUCUCGGAACGACUGAAUGAACCCUCCGAUGUGCUCGAGAGAAUGGGCUUGCAUUUCAAGUGGCCAUUAGGGGCUCGGAUGCUGGCGGCGCUGUACGCGAUGAGCGUGGUCUGGAAAACGCUGCCCGCCUCGGGCACGGCGUGCCCCCCGCGCUGCCGCUGCGAGAACCUGCUCUUCUACUGCGACUCCCAGGGCUUCCGCUCGGUGCCCAACGCCACCGGCCAGGGCCCCCUGGGCCUGUCGCUGAGGCACAACCAGGUCCGGGAGCUGCGGGGGGACCAGUUCGCCGGCUUCGGCCACCUGGGCUGGCUCGACCUGGACCACAACCAGAUCGCCGUGGUGAGGGAGGACGCCUUCCAGGGACUGUACAAGCUGAAGGAGCUGAUUCUGAGCGCCAACAAGAUCGCUCACCUGCCCAACACCACUUUCAGCCAGCUGCUCAACUUACACCGCCUGGACCUGUCGUCCAACCAGCUGUCCUCCCUGCACCCCGAGCUCUUCUUCGGCCUGCGCAAGCUGCACAGCCUCCACCUGCGCGCCAACGCCCUGCGGACCGUCCCCGUCCGCCUCUUCUGGGACUGCCGGGGCCUGGAGUUCCUGGACCUGAGCGCCAACCGGCUGCGGAGCCUGGCCCGCAACGGCUUCGCCGGGCUGGUCCGGCUGCGGGAGCUGCACCUGGAGCGCAACCAGCUGACCCGCGUCAACCUGGCCCACUUCCUCCGCCUCACGGCCCUGCGGGCGCUCUUCCUGCAGUGGAACAAGAUCGCCAACCUGACCUGCGCCGUCGAGUGGACCUGGGCCACCCUGGAGCAGCUGGACCUGACGGGCAACGCCCUCCGGGCCGUCGACCCGGCCGUGUUCGCCGCCGUGCCCAACCUCAAGGUGCUCCUGCUGGACCACAACCAGCUGGGCAGCCUGGAGCCCGGCACCUUCGGGGCCCUGGGCUCCUUGGCCACCGUGGGCCUCUCGGGCAACCUGUGGGAGUGCAGCCCCAAGAUAUGCCCGCUGGCCGCCUGGCUGGGCGGCUUCCGGGGCCGGUGGGAGCACGCCGUGCUGUGCCACGCCCCGGACCACACCCAGGGGGAGGACAUCCUGGACGCCGUCUACGGCUUCCAGCUCUGCCGGAACGGCUCCGCGGCCGCCACCGCCACCGCCCCGGCCCCGGCCCGGGGCCCCACCACGGACUCCGCCGGCCGGAUGAGCUCGUCCGGUUACCACGCGGGGGGCCGGGAGCCCCCCACCGCCGCCACCGCCGCCGCCGCCACCCCCGCCGACGGACGCUUCCCCGAGCCCGACGGCGCCCUCUUCACCCAGCGCGUCAUCACGGGCACCAUGGCUCUCUUGUUCUCUUUCUUUUUUAUCAUUUUUAUGGUCUUCAUCUCCCGGAAGUGCUGCCCUCCCGCCCUGAGGAGGAUCCGCCGCUUCCCCGGCAUCCAGAGCCACCGGCAGCUCCGGUCCCAGACGCGGCUCCACGCGGCCGGCGCCUCGGACCAGGGCCCGUACGACGAGUACGAGCCCGCCCACGAGGGGCCCUUCAUCAUCAUCAACGGCUACGGACAGUGCAAGUGUCAACAGCUGCCGUACAAAGAGUGUGAGGUAUAAUGCCGCCGGGCCACCCCGCCUGGGGCCUCGGAGGAGGGACCCCCGUCCGCCACCGGAAGGGGACUCCGGGCGCCCGACUCGCCGGACCCGGUGGUCUCACGUUCUGUCGGGUGCUGCCCUAUUCUUUUUUUCCCCCCAAGGGACCCACGGUUCAAGCGUGAGAAAAAAGCAACAGUGUCACCCACCUGUGAAGCCGGAGACGAGGUACGGCGGUCCCGACGUAACCGGGCGGAAACACACACGAGCCCCCACGUGCCGCUCCUGGCUUCGGAAGACGGCCCGGCUGGGGAGAGACGGAGACAGACGGAGACACUCCGGCGUCCGGGGACAGAGCUCCGACAGGCAGAACAACGCUGACUGGCUCCUCUCUUAGCAACCUGAUUUCACCUCUCGCCGAGGGCUGACUUACGUGACCGGAGACUUACAAAAAGGGUUUUCCUCAAGGGUGAUUUUCUUUUUUUAAAUGGAAUCUGUUAAGCGCUCACUACGUACCAAGCACCGUUCUAAACGCCGGGGUAGAGAUACCAGCCCAUCGGGCCACCUACAGACCCCAUCCCACAUGGGGCUCGCUAUCGUAAGUAGGAGGGGGAAGAGGUUUCGAAUCUCCGAGGCCCAGAGGAGCGAAGUGACUUGCCCUAGGCCACAGAACGGGCAAGCGGCGUGGGCCGGGAUCGGAAUCCCGGUCCUCCGGCUCCCGGGCCCAGGCUUCAUCCACUAGGCCACACCGCUUCCCCUGAUUCAGCAUCGGAUCUGCGGCCGUCAACGGCGGACGUGGGGGGAAGGGGAUUUCAAGAGUCACGACGACGCGCUCGUUUUAAAAACCUGGCGGUCCCCUCCCUCCUCGUCCGCAGCACCGCCCGCGUUAACGGACCCGUCCCGGUCCCGCUCGCCGACUCCGAGACCCUUCGAUCGGUUCGGUGGGCAGGGCCGCUUCGGAUUCCCGGAGCCGGGACCUCGGGGUCGUGAUUAAAGAAUCGCUCCGGUGCCGAGUCACGCCAAACGCUCGCCUUCAUUCAUCUCUUAUUAUUCGGCCUCCUCGGUGUCCGCCGAGCCGGGCCCCCUUUGUCUGGAUUUGGGCGCUUGUCCUUUCAAUUCGAGUGGGCUAGACCUCAAAUUCCAGUUUAAAAACAGGCCGGCCCGGAGGGGUGGGGGACGGGACGAGGAUCUGACCGCGCUCCGCUGAAAAGCGAGGUCGUCAUCCAUUCCCGGGAGGAGGGCUGAACCCAACACGUGGAGUUUUCCCAUGCCCUGUCCCGCGUGGGGGCUCACAGCCUUCAUCCCCAUUUUAUGGAUGAAGCGACCUGCCUGAGGUCACACGG